CUGGAGCUGCAGCAGCAGCAGCAGCAGCAGACGGUGCAGCUGGAAAACACCGACGCCAGAGUCCUGCUGGGCAAGUGCAUCAACAUCAUGCUCGCCAUCGUCACCGUCAUCCUGGUGUGCGUGUCCACGGCGGCCAAGUUCACGGCGCCGCUGCUGCGGAGCCGCCUCCACUUGGCGCUGACCUGCGUGGGAGUGUCCCUGCUGGCGCUGCUCUGGAAGAACUGGGAACACAUGCAGUGCGCACUGGAA